UGGGACUCCAUCAAUGAAAUGGAUGAAUUUUUCAACCCGAUCCACACCUACCAAGUGUGCAACGUCAUGUCCCCGAACCAGAACAACUGGCUGCGGACUAGUUGGGUACAAAGGCAUGGGGCACAUCGGGUUUAUGUGGAGAUCCGAUUCACCCUAAGGGACUGCAACAGUAUGCCAGGGGUACUGGGCACGUGCAAGGAAACGUUCAACCUCUACUACCUCCAGUCCGACCGCGACCUGGGCAGUACCACCCGGGAGAGCCAGUUUGUGAAAAUCGACACCAUCGCGGCUGACGAGAGUUUCACCAAUGUGGACCUGGGCGUCCGGCGGCUCAAACUGAACACAGAGGUACGAGGCGUGGGACCACUGACCAAGCGAGGUUUCUAUCUGGCCUUCCAAGACAUUGGAGCCUGUAUUGCCAUUGUCUCCGUCCGUGUCUACUACAAGAAGUGCUCAGCCAUGGUGAGGAACUUGGCUUCGUUCUCGGAGGCGGUGACCGGCGCAGAUUCCUCCUCGCUUGUGGAGGUCCGGGGCGAGUGUGUAGGGCAUGCGGAGGAAAGAGACACCCCCAAAAUGUACUGCAGUGCUGAAGGGGAAUGGCUGGUGCCCAUUGGGAAAUGUGUGUGUAGUGCUGGCUAUGAGGAGCAGAGAGAUUCAUGCCGAGCCUGCCAACUGGGAUUUUACAAGUCUUCCCCAGGGGACCAGCUGUGCGCCAAGUGCCCUCCCCACAGCUAUUCUGAGACCCAGGCUGCACAGGUGUGUCGCUGUGAGAGCAGCUUUUACCGAGCAGCACAGGACCUCCCUUCGGCAGCAUGCACACGUCCCCCCUCGGCUCCCAUGAACCUAAUGUCCAGCGUGAAUGGCACAUCCGUGACCCUGGAAUGGGCCCCUCCGCAGGACAAAGGUGGCCGCACGGACAUAAUCUACAACGUCAUCUGUCGCCGCUGUGCAUGGGAUUCGGGACAAUGCGAGGUCUGUGGCGCUGGGAUCCGCUUUGUGCCCCAGCAGAUGAACUUGGCCCAGGGCUCUCUGGCUGUUGGAAACCUUUUGGCUCACACCAACUACUCCUUCUGGGUGGAGGCUGUCAAUGGAGUCUCUGACCUCAGUCUCGAGCCGCCAAGAUUCGCAGCCGUCAACAUCACCACAAACCAGGCAGCUCCGUCGCAAGUGCUGGGCAUUCACCAGGAGAACGUCGGUCAAAACAGCAUCAUGCUCCUGUGGCAGGAACCAGAGCAACCGAAUGGGAUUAUUCUGGAAUAUGAGAUCAAGUACUAUGAGAAGGACAAAGAGAUGCAGAGCUAUUCCACCUUGAAGUCAAAGGGCAACAGCACCACCGUUUCCGGCCUGAAGCCUGCGACUCGCUAUGUCUUCCAAGUCCGAGCGCGCACCUCUGCUGGCUGUGGCCGAUUCAGCCAAACGGUGGAAGUGGAGACCGCCAAAGCAACAGCUCCGCGGUAUGACACCACCACAGUUGUCUGGAUCUGUCUCACACUCAUCAGUGGCCUUGUCACCCUACUCUUGUUUCUGAUUUGCAAGAAGAGACACUGUGGGUACAGCAAGGCUUUCCAGGAUUCUGAUGAGGAGAAAAUGCAUUAUCAAAAUGGACAGGUGAAGUUCCCUGAGUCAAAAUUCUAUGUGGAACCACAUACCUAUGAGGACCCCUGCCAAGCUGUGCAUGAGUUCACGCGAGAAAUUGAAGCCUCCAGGAUCAAAAUUGAGAAGGUCAUUGGAUGUGGAGAGUCAGGAGAGGUGUGUUAUGGCCGGCUGAAAUUGCCUGGGAAGAGGGAGAUGCCCGUGGCGGUCAAGGCCCUGAAGGCUGGCUACACCGAGAAGCAGAGGCGGGACUUCCUGAGCGAAGCCAGCAUCAUGGCGCAGUUCGACCAUCCCAACGUCAUCCACCUGGAGGGGGUGGUCACCAAAAGCAAAUUAGUCAUGAUUGUGACCGAGUACAUGGAGAAUGGCUCACUGGAUUCCUUUCUCCGGAAACAUGACGGGCAAUUCACAGUCCUCCAGAUGGUUGUCAUGCUGAGGGGCAUCAGCGCUGGCAUGCGCUAUCUCGCAGACCUGGGCUACGUACAUCGUGACUUGGCGGCACGCAACAUCCUGGUCAAUGGCAACCUAGUCUGCAAAGUCUCCGACUUUGGACUCUCACGGAUCCUGGAGAACAAUCCCGAGGCUGCUUAUACCACAACGGGUGGGAAGAUCCCUGUUCGGUGGACAGCACCCGAAGCCAUCACAUACCGAACGUUCUCAUCAGCCAGCGAUGUGUGGAGCUACGGCAUCGUCAUGUGGGAAGUGCUGGCAUACGGGGAGCGUCCUUAUUGGAACAUGACUAACCGGGAUGUCAUCCAGUCUGUGGAGGAGGGUUAUCGGCUGCCUGCCCCCAUGGGCUGCCCCACUGCCCUGCACCAACUCAUGCUGGACUGUUGGCAGAAGGACUGUAAUGACAGACCACGCUUCUCCCAGAUUGUCAAUGUUCUGGACAAGCUCAUCCGCAACCCACAGAACCUGAAGUGUACAGCCACGGUCAACCGAUUCACCCAAACACUUUCAGAGCGAGGCUGCAUCGAUUUCACCAGCUGCUCAACUGUGGAAGACUGGUUGGACUCCAUUCGGCUGGGCCGAUAUCGGGACAACUUUGCUCUGGCUGGCUACUCGUCGCUUGGCAUGGUGAUGCGGAUGAACAUAGAGGAUGUGCAAAGUUUGGGCAUCAGCCUGACAGGGCACCAGAGGAAAAUUCUGACCAGCAUCCAGAUCAUGAGGUCUCAGCUGCUCAACACUAUGGGCUCCCGAAGGCACCUCUGAUGGCCCUCCUUUCUCAACCCUAGAGACUUCCAUGCCCACUUGGCUCCUUCCCUUGGUUUCACUCAGGUGAACCCUCAUGAGGAAGAAUCCCAGUGAUGGGAGGCCGCCUACUCACAAGGGGAGCAAUAGGAUCUUGCUACCCAAGAGGGCCUUCUGCUGCAGUGUGAGGUACGGCUAGACCCCACCAUCAGAAAUGGGGAAGACAGCAUACUGCACAGACUCAUUGGUAUGGUGGACUGCAUAGACACUGUGGCAUAGGAGUGGUCCUUGGUUUGGACUUUGCUUGAAGAUGGGGCAGAGAGCCAAGAGUCGUUGGUGGCCUCCUUCUGCCACUCAUGGUGCUUAAUUCUUCUGAAUGAGUUGGGACAAACCGGUGUAGGCAGGGUAUAUUCUAAGCGUUGGCAGGCCUUCUCCUGCCACUCCACUGCAAUAAACUAUGAGAGCCACCCUAAGGGUGCACCCUUUGGGGGUAAGAGCUGGGUUUCCUCCUCCCCAGGAACAUCUCACAGAAAUAAAGGCAAGACGAGACGAGACCUGAACGGAAAGCUGGACAGGUUCCCUUGGAAGUAGACAAUGACCUCUGCAGGAAGCCAAGCCACCCUUUCAGUCAACCAGCAAUCUGCACCUUCUCACCUGAAGCUUCUUAGCUGUAGCUCCAGGACCUUGGGGGCACAAACUCAGGUCUCCUUCCAGCUCACCACCUCCUGCUGCAAGAACUAGUCCUGGAUGGGAACCAUCCCUUCCUCCAGCUCUAAGCAAAGUUGGUCCGUUGUUCUUCCACUGCUGCUAAACACUAGGACCUUCACCUACUAGGACCUUCACAAUCAGUCUAAUACCCUCGAAAUGCUGGUCCUCUCCUGGAAAGUGUUGGACACAGCUUUUCAUGCCAACUGUUAUACCCUUGUUCUUUUUGUUAUGGGGUAUGGUUUUGUAGAAGGGAGUUGGGAAGGAAUGCUUCUUUGGUCUCCUUGACAAGCCCAAGUGGCCACCAUGGGCCUAACACAAAGUUUGGGUCUCAGUAAUCCAUGUAUUCCCCAGGUAUUCAUUUAUUUCCCAGGUAUGGUGCUGGGGGGUGUCUUCCAUUAUCUUUUGUAAAGGGACUAGAGACGUCCAAGAGAUGAAGCAAAGGCGUGAGACAAGCAAAGCAUGAAAGAUCCUCCUGCCUCUUUGCUUCUUUGCCCUGUAAAUAGGAUUGUCUAGCACGGUCCCAAUGGUUCUUUCCUUCUGCCACUCUGAAGAUGCAAAAAUGGACUCCAAGCACAGCAUCCCUUGCUUUUUCCUAUCAACAUGGGAGGCUAAAGGGGUUAGUCCUGUAUUGGAUGCACCCCUCCUUUGUCUCUGGUCCAAAAGUUUGAUUGCUGCUUUUCUUUACCUCUUUACCUCUCCAGAGGUAGAGGAUAUACAUGGCCUGUAGAAUAGCAAUGAGGAUUGUCCUGCCAACCUGGUGCCUCCAGUGAAGAUCCCUAUGGGGGGGGGGACCAGCACCGUAAUGGACAGUUGUUUCUCUAAGGGCAUAGGUUUCCAUUUUGAGGUUCUAGGGGAUACCUUUUUUGGCCAUACCAUCUGGUCAGUUCUUGAUAUUUUAGUUGGGUGAGGCAGGGAGUAGGGAAGGAGGUGAACAAUUUUGGUAGGUUUGGCACCUUCAUAAUUUUUUUCGGGCUAAGUGGCCAUGUUCUAGAAGAGUUUAUUCCCGAUGUUUCACCAGCAUCUGUGGCUGGCAUCUUCA